AUGCAUAUUCCCGACGUUCAGAAGCUGGCUACUGCAAGCUUGGCCCUUGCUAGCGCCACACUAAGCGGUGACACCAUCAUCAAAGGCAGCGUGCUCGACUUUGCCGUGGAGAAGUGCAUCGACAAGGACGGAAACACCCGGUGCUCCAAGCCGUUCCCUGUAAAGGUCGACGGCUGCUACAAGCUCGAAUGGUCGACUGACGGCGCGCUUUCGCAUACUACUGUCGAAGUUCGAGACGUCGGCAGCGGCGAGAUUGUCUACUACAGAGAUACCAAUGGCGAGUGGAAUCCCAAAAAGGACGAGCUGGUGUACCUCGACUUUAAGCCCAAGAUUAUGGGGCAGGGCAACAAGACUGUUGAUUACGAGGUGAAGAACUGCGACAAGGACGAUGAGCUAUAA